AUGUCUUUCGAGGCACUUUUAAUGACACAUCCGGAAUAUGCAGCUCAUAAACUUAUACUUCUGUAUAUUCCUCCAAUACUUUUAGUAGUCGGAACAUUCGGUAACUUGUUUUCUUUUAUCAUACUCAUGAAAAACACGAGAAAGGCAUCCACAUACAGCUAUCUAAGCGUGUUGGCCAUAAUGGAUCUUCUGGUUCUCUACAUUGGAUUAUUGAAACUGUGGAUAGCACAAUUCCUGAUUAACGUCGAAGAAGUGAAUAGAGUGUUUUGCAAAGCAGCAGUAUUCCUUGGAUAUUUGUGCAGCGAGGUGUCAGUGUGGCUGAUUGUUGCUGUUACGAUUGAAAGAACCAUUGUUGUUAUAUUUCCACUAAAAGCGCCCAGAAUUUGUAAUGCAAAGUACGCUAAAAUUGGAAUAACAAGCAUCAUUGUGCUGUUUACAUGCGUAAAUCUCCAUUUCUUAUGGUCAGUGGAUUUACAUUAUACGCACGGAAAUAACACGGUUGUUGCGGAGUGUAAAGCUAAAGAAAACUUCAAAUAUCUCGUGGAGCAAGUGUGGCCGUGGAUUGAUGCUGCACUGUAUUCGUUUUCCCCAUUUGUGUUUAUUUUUGUGUUGAAUCUUUUCAUUAUACGAAAUGUGAUUAAUGCAAAUAAUGCUCGAAUAAUGCUUCGGCAGCACUCGUCUUUAAGCGGACGUUCGGGAACACAAGUUCGACAGCGACAAGAUCACGGAGAAGUUAGCCGACGGAUAACAUGUAUGCUGUUCACAUUUCUCAUAACUACACUUCCAAUGAAUAUUUACAUUAUAUAUACCUCAGUGACAGAAACUCCGCAAGAAAUUGAAGCUCUUGUCAAACGAAAGUUGAUCGACACGAUUUCUGAAAUGUUGAUGUACACCAAUCACAGCAUUAAUUUCUUUCUUUAUUGUGCGACUGGAAAGAAGUUUAGAAGCCAAGUACAUUCAAUUAUGUGUACAUGUAAUUCUAAACAAAUCCUUAACCGAUUUAGAAAUCGAUCGAAUAGGUCAUCUUUCGGUAGUCUUCGUUUGUUCAAAUUGAAUACUUCUAGAACGGAUUAUGUAAAUUGUUCACAGUGUAAUGACACAGAAGUCCAGUUGUGA